CCUCCAUGUCAAGCACAAGCAUGUUCCAAGUUGCCAAUCAUAAAUGAUGACGUAGUUGAGAGAAACAAGUCAUUCAUUUUCAUGCUGGAAAGCACGCCUGAGCUUCAAGAAAGGAUUAAGUUAACUCCUUUGACUGGAGUAUUAGUCCUACUCAACGAUGACAACGUGAUGGAUGUUGGAUUCGAUUCUACAACAUACACU